ACACACCCUUGCGAUAACAAUAGAAUGGCCUGCGAUUUCUUUGAACUACAAUUCAUGACAUAAUAAUAUUACUACGAGUUGUGGGAUUGCAUUGUUUAUCUAUAAAAUGCUAAUAUAAAGAGAUAUUUAAAGAAAUUGUUACACUGUCUGCAUAGUUUAUCGUUUUAUGUUUGCAAAUGAGAUAUUUAUACUUUAAAACUCUUUAUUAUAAGUAUGUUCAAAAGUUGUUGUGCGCGACCGAGCAAAAAAAUAAGUAAAAGCAAAUCCAAAUCAGAAAAAAUGGAUUCAAACUCAGAAUCAGAUACCGAAAAUAAAAAAGAAAAGUUACCGGCUUCCGAGGACGAUAAUACGCAUGAAAAGGAGUUGAAACAAACUAUCGAAGAAUCGGUAAAACCAGAAGUUGCAAUAGAGGAAGAUGAACUUAAAAUAUCUAUUGAAACCACCGCUGAUGAACCUACUAAAAUGGAGAAUACUGAAGAGGCACGUCACGAUUCUAUCAGUGAGGCUGGAGAGGUAGACACCUUAGAUCUCGUGCUUCCUAAAAAAGACUUGACAAGGAAACGAUAUUCAGUAGAUUAUAACAGGACCCGUCUAAAUUUUAAACGGUUUUCUGUAGACUGUCGCCGCGACUCUGCCACUCUUGAAGAGUUGUCGCGUCUAGAGCAAGAGCUAGCAAGGACUAAUGUAGAUGUUCGCCCCGGAGGCCGUCGCAAAUCUUCAGGGAUAUUAAAAUCUACAACGAACAGUAGCAAUGGCAUUUCAGAGCACAGGCCCAGUAGUAAACAAGAGUCGGAUACCGAGGAUGAUGAAGUGUUUGAGGAGAAUGCUGCCAAACCCAGUGAAAAUGACGGGCCUCGAGAACCACCAGCUACACCCGUUGGUAGAGACGAGCUAGCGUUAAGGAGGCACAGAUUUUUUUCGGAUCUUGUUUGUGCUGCACGCGCUGCUGUGGAGCAUCGUGUUCGCUUUGAUCCACUUGGCCCUGUAGUGGCCGACCCAGGUAGCGAAGCCGACGCUGCAGCAGCGAUCCAGAGCCCAGCAUCUGAGCUCGAGACCCUGAUCGAGCGCUUAGAGCGCGUCACUUCGCGCCUAGAGCGCCUACCGCUGCUGCGCGCGCGCACGCCCACUCCGCCGGGCUCCCCAGCGCCCUCGCCCGUCUCCGAGCCCUCGCUGCCACCUCAACCCUUGAGUUUCGAACCAACCGACAACAUGAGCGUUAACGGUUACCAGGAUAUAGUGCAGGGGCCGCUGCAGGCUUACUUGCAACUGUCGCAGCAAAUCGGUGGCGAUGUGGCUGCACACGCCAACCUCGUCAACGCCGCCUUCCAGGCGCAACUCCGCUACAUCCAACUGGCUACAACGAGGAGCAAGCCUGCCCAGGCUGAGGAGAUGCAGCUUCUCGCGCCGACUAGCGAGCAGAUCUCUGCCAUCCAGCAGUUCCGUGAGAAGAACCGUGCUUCCACGUACUUCAACCACUUGUCCGCGAUAUCUGAGAGCAUCCCGGCUCUAGGAUGGGUGGCCGUGGCUCCCACUCCAGCUCCCUACGUCAAGGAGAUGAAUGACGCUGGCCAGUUCUACACGAACCGAGUCCUGAAGGAGUGGAAGGAGAAAAACAAGACGCACGUGGAGUGGUGCCGCGCCUGGGUGCAGCUGCUCUCUGACCUGCAGGCGUACGUCAAGCAGUACCACACCACGGGACUCGUCUGGUCUGGUAAAGGCGCGGGUGCUCCGCCCCCGCCACCCCCCGGCGGUAUGCCCCCACCGCCCCCGAUGAUGGAGGCUGACUUCUCCAACCUGUCCGUCGACGACAGAAGCGCUCUCUUCGCCGAAAUCAACCAGGGCGAGAACAUUACUAGCAGUCUGCGCAAGGUGACACCCGACAUGCAGACUCACAAGAACCCUCAACUGCGACAGGGGCCCGCUCCGUUCAAGGCGGCCCCGGCGGCCAAAGCGCCCGUCAAGUCGCUCCCCACGCCCGGAGCUGGGGCGCUUGACAAGCCGCCUGUGUUCGCGCGCGAUGGCAAGAAGUGGCUCAUUGAAUACCAAAAAGGCAACCAGAACCUGGUUGUCGAGAACGCUGACAUGAACAACGUUGUGUACAUGUUCCGUUGCCGCGACUCGGCGCUGACGGUGCGCGGCAAAGUUAAUGGCGUCGUGCUGGACUCCUGCACCAAGUGUGCCGUGGUCUUCGACAACCUCGUGUCCAGUAUCGAGUUUGUUAACUGCCAGUCGGUGCAGAUGCAGGUGCUGGGCAAGGUGCCGACGGUGUCGAUUGACAAAACGGACGGGUGCCAAAUCUACCUGUCGCCGGAGUCUCUGGAUGUCGAGAUCGUCAGCUCUAAGUCUUCAGAAAUGAAUGUGCUCGUGCCAAAGGGCAACGGCGACUAUGUGAGUAUAGUACGCUUGCUGAGCGCUCUUUCAAAGUGUUUUCAACUUUCUCCUAAAGUUUCUGAGCACCCAGUCCCGGAGCAGUUCAAGACAGUGCUGAACAAGGCUAAGAGCGGCAUCACCACCACCCCCGUGGAGAGCACGGGCUAAGCGUCCCGCGCGCUCGAGAACCACGCCUCGUCCACACAGCUUUCAUUACUACUCGAGGCGAGGCGACUCCUUAUUUAAAUUAACAUACUUUGCACGGUCUAGUUCAAUAUUAGUUCACGUACAACGACUCGCCUCGAAACAUCCACUGAGAAGCACAAACUAGCCAAAUACCUUCAGACGUGCGACGAGUUCUCGAGCAAUAUGUGUAUCUAUUUAGUCUUGUAUCGAUCAUCUUAUUUAAGACCUGUCUUCGUUUCUUGCUCAUUGCGCUCGAUUGUAGUAUUUAAAUAUUAUAAAUCUAAUACGACGUAGAAAUAACUAUAACUCAAGUAUUUACUGGCCUUUGUGUGUAAUGUAAAGAUGUUCCUUACACUAACGUUUGAGAUUUUGACAUUGUGAAGAAGGUAACAUGCUUGGAGUACCGCUCGGUACGGGAGUUAGUUAAGUUAGCUGUAAGGUGUGUGACUGUCUCGAGUAUCAGCAGUGAGAAAGGUUUGCAUUCUCGACUUUCGCUAUCUGUGUUAAUAAUAAAUUGUGCGAUCAUUAAACCCCGAUGCUUGACACACUUGAGGUCUAAUUUUCUUACUUGUAUUACUUCCUUGUGAUCAAUCAUUACAUUAUUUUAUAUCGAUGUCUAUCUUAUGGGUAAACUCGCCCAGAUUAUAUUUUAACUUAGGACAUGCUAUUUUUAUUUUGUGAUUGUACCUAAUUAUUAUUUUUUAAAUAUUUCUUAAUUAAAAAUAUGAAGAUCAGUGUAAUUUGUAUUAAAAUAAUUUGAUAAUUUGUCGACAUCGUUAAUAUGUAAGAAUUGCUAUUAUUUAUUACAUCAUCCUUAUUUUGAAAAUAUAAUUCUGUAUUGAAAGUUUGCAUUUUGUUAAUUUAUUUGUCGAGAGAUUAAAAUUAUUUUUAAGAUCA